AUGAUAAAUAAGGAAAAUUUUUUAAAUAAAGCAAUUUAAAGAAUCAGACUUGAUGAAAUCACUGUAAAAGAAACAUAUUUCUAAGAUGAUUUAAACUAAGAAGAUAGAUUAAAGGAGUUUGAACAAAAAUAUCAUAGUUUCAGAGAUAAUUUCAUUGAAUAUAAACCAAACAAAUCUAAAGCAGAUAACAUAGACAACCAACAAAAAUUAAUAUAAGCUUUAUUUCCAGGGAUAAUUAUGGAGGAUAUCACUGCAGGUAUAUUGGCUAAUGUGACAUUACUUUAUAUCUAAGAAAUAAUAGAAACUGCUAAAGAGUUAGCCGUAAAGAAUGAAUCACUAAAAAUAUCUCAAAAUGAUGUAAUAGAAGCGGUUAGAAUUGCUGAAUAUAAGAACUAGUAUGAAUUAGAAGAGGAAUUUUCGAGAUUUUUUUAAUGAAUAAUGAAUUAUCAUAUUUGAAUCAAAGUAACCAAAAAAAUUAGUUGUUUAUUA